UUCAACAAUUUAUUUUACAGGGUGUGAUUUUUGAGGACAAAGAAAAAUUGUCUUUUUAAUAAUUUUAAUGUAUUUUCAAGCAUUAAAACUAUGCUUAACAAUAUCAGUAACAAUUUUAGAAGACUCUUGACCAGUUUAAGUUAAGAACCCCUUUUAAAUCCAGGUACAAAAAGGGUUUCUUGAACGACGCAAAUACGACAGGUUUUUAAGUUUCUUUAAAUAAUAUUUAAAUACGAUGGAGACCAAUUACGUCGCUAUCAAGGAUAUGCGUCCGGGUCUUAAGAACAUAAACGCAGUAUUUAUAGUGCUCGAAGUUGGACUUCCUACAGUAACCAAAGAGAAUCGUGAGGUAAGAACAGUUAAAGUAGCAGACGGGACAGCCUGUAUAAACGCCAGUAUUUGGGACGAGGCAGGAACAUUACUGAUGCCAGGAGAUAUUGUUCGUUUGACUAAAGGUUACGUUUCAAUCUGGAGAAACUGUUUAACAUUGUAUACGGCAAAAGGAGGUGAAUUACAGAAGAUAGGAGAGUUUUGUAUGGUUUUUAACGAACAACACAACGUCUCCGAACCGAAUUUGUUCUCACCAAUUCCUACAGGAGUGUCUACAGCGAACAAUUUACCUUUGAACAAUGGUACGAAUAAUGGAGCUGGAAGAGUGGGGCCAUCAGGACAACAGGCGGGGUCAGGAAUACCUGUAACGACAAGCAGUACAUCACUACAACACAACAAUACUUUAGGACCAGUUAAAAACGCAGCUAACAGCACAAAUAAUAUACCUAGAGUGACCAGUGCUCCUAGUACAGCAAGUAAUAGCUCUAGCGAUGCUAAAAGACAGCGGGGGUCAAGGGGAGGGCAACAUAGGAAUCGGCACACCAGGACUUAGUGUGGUUGUGUAGAUUUUAAUCGAUUUGAGACGAUGUUUAUAAUUUUCUAUAUAGCUAUGUACUUGAGAAGGAUUCAUUUUGGCUCUGAAUUAUUCAUUGUGAUGUUUUUUUGAAUACUGUGACAAGGUUUGGUUACCCAAAAAACCAAACUAAUCUAUUAUUUAAUUAAUUUUAAAUUAUGUUUACAUGGUCCAAAAUUAUAGCAAUAAAAUUUUUAAAAAAUUGUCAGGGUAACGAGGAAAAUUUUUCUAAUAUGUUUUUUACAUAAAAAUGAAUUCACUGAAUUCUUCAAAAGUUAGGAAUUACAUUGACAUUUAAUUGUAUUAUUUUGUCAGUUUUCAAUUUUGAAUCAAUUGCCAAAGCAAAUAUUGUUUAUGCUUGUCAAUACAACAAUUUUAAUUAUUUUUUUGUAAAAAAAUCUAGGAAAUAAG